AUCCUACGACCCAUGUGUGAGGAAGUACAUGUGCCACUUUCCGUAAGUGUUUUCAAGCAUGUCUCUGAACCAAAACAGAGGACAGCUUGACUUUUGCAACGCGUAUUCGCGGCAUUUCACUUGUGUAUGACUUUAAGAAUAGCAGAUUUGCCUAAAUGAGCUAUUUUACCGGGAAUUCAAGAUAAGGAGAAGAAGAAAGAAGCUACUUAUAGCGGCUCAGAAAGAGGAGACGAUGAUGGCCCGACCUUUCCAGCUCCUCUCCAUCCUCUCCAGGCUGCGUGCUCCUUCAUUUUCUGGAAGUGGCUGUCAAUUUGCCAGCAGCAAAGCCAGUAAAGCAUGGCAAAGCAUAGGGCAUAAACAUGAUCGCAGAGACAAACCAUCAAACAGAGCUUCAAGAUACAGCAGCGAGAUGCCUGAUGAGGAGGAGUUUGGUCUGGAGGAUGUGGAAGACAAGCUCCAAGCUUUGACUGAGUAAGUUUCACAUUUUAUUCAGAUGUAAAAACGCUCACUUUUUUUUCUUGUGUCAAAUCACCUCACCCUUUCUUUUCAGUGAAGAAAGAAGGAAGCAGAAGGCUGUGAAAUACCAAAUACUGGAGAGAAAGAUGACCCCACCAGGAGCUCCAGAGAGGACGCUGACCUGGGAAGCUAUGGACCAGAUCAGGUGAGAAGCUUUGUUGUUAUUCCAAUCCAACCAGCCACCCAAACAAAAAGCGUUUUCUCUUUCAAAGUGAAUACAUAACAGCAGUUUAAAGUAAUCUUUUGAUUUCUCAGAUAUUUGAAGCAGGAGCAACCAGAGGAGUGGACAGUAAAGCGCCUGGCUGAAGGUUUCAGUGUCAGCCCAGAUGUCAUCAGGAGAGUCCUCAAGAGCAAGUUUGUGCCUUCUCCUGAGAGAAAAUCCAAGCAGGAUGCGAAAAUUAUGGCAAGCCUCAGACCGAAAGCACUGCCUACGGUUGCAGGGACUGGGACAGAUAGGCUGAAGCUGCCUGGAAACCGCACACCAGCCAUGCUCCCAUCUGGAACCGGAGAAGAUGCAGCGCUAUCUGUGUCUAAUCGGACUGCAUUGAUUCAAAGUAAAAUCUCAGAGGAUAAAAUGCUGAUUCCUGCUUCCAGUGUGUCAACGCAGCUUAAAGCUGAUACUGACAAAGAGACCCAAGUGACAAUUUCAAUGACAAAUCUUACAGAGGAAGAGGAAGAAGAUGAGGAAAGCUGGGAUGGACAGGUGUUUACAGAGGAGGAGCUUGAACAGUUUAUCAGCAUGGCAAAGCCUUCCCCUGUAGUGCAAGUUGGAAUGGAAUUUUUUGACGCAGAGGGUAAUUUCUUGUACAGAAUCUGAGGCUAUUCUCUGUUGGGACAUAUUAAGCACUUGAUAUACCCUGCUCUAAAACUCUCUGAACAAAUACAAUUAUUCAGACCAUGAAGCAAAUUAAAAACAAUUUUAAGAGAUUUAGUUUGGAAUUUUUUCACCUGAGUAUUUCCAUACCUCUUUCAAUGUAUUCCUGCUCAUUCAAGAACAAUGGCAGCAAAAACAUAGAUUUUACACCAAUAAUCUAGAGGGUCAAAGUCUGAUUUAAGUUGUUCUUAGGGUGCCUAAUCAUGCUCACAUCAUCUGUCUUCAGCCAGAGUAUGUUAAAGCAAGUGAGACCUCUGUGAUCUGUGACAAGAUAUGAACACUGUAAGCAAAUUACUUGAAUAAAUAUGUUAGUAAGCCGCAGCAAACCCUGGUUUAAACAUUGACAAGAUGGCACGUUUAAACACUGCUGUUGAGUAAGAAAUAAUCUGACAAUGGAAAUAGAGGAAGAUAUGAAUUUAUUGGCAAACCCAAAGAAAAUUGCCUCAAAUAUACAGGAGAGAGAAACAGCAGAUACAAAGAUGUAGCUUUGUAUAUUUACAGAACCAUCACAAUGACUUCAAUUUAUACAGUAGUUUUAAACUGUAAGAAAAACGUGUUACCUUCACUUUGUGUAAUAAACAUCAUUAAAUAAGAAACUGUGAAGUGUCUCCCAGUGCAGAGCAGCUAAAUUAUAACCCUGUAUCAAAUCUGUUUUAAAUCAGAGUUGUCUCUUGUCAAAAAAAAAAAAAUCACAGCCUGAAUUAAAUGCAGGAAAUUAAGAAAUGAUCCAGUUAUUGAGAGCUAAAGCUCUGCCAAAUUUAGUUCAGAGUUAGCAUGCAGUUCAAUGGGAGCUCCAGUGACGCCGACAUUUUCUUCACUGCUCAAGGAUUCAUUUUCAGGCAACAAGUGCAACUUCAGGAUGUCUCUGACACACUGGAUGAAGCUAGAUGAACAGGAGUUGAUAUAAAUAAUUACGGGUAAAUGGAUUCUGGCCACACUCUGUGAGGGCGUCACAUCAUAUCCUCACACCAGGCACUUGUGUAACCACCUCCACUGUACUGCACUCUGAACCUGCCAGUCAGGAAUAAAUAACUCCUUUAUGAAAACAACUUAUUUAACACUCAGUAGACAAAUAAUUGUGCAACAAAUGUUUAAAAGAACAAGAGCCCUGUAAGACUUUAACAUGAUAUACCAGAGAGACCUGUUGAGAAAUGUAGCUUUAAAAUGACAGCAGUAUGAGCUUGAUUCAAAAGAAAACAGUAGUUCAGUGUGACAGACAAAGAUGAGGAACCUAAAAUCUUGUCCACCUUAAAUGUGAAUACCACAAAAAUAAACAGCGCUGCAACUUCUGCCACCAUGUCCAUUACUCUCCUUUAAGUCUAGGGUGUUUAUAAUGCUAUACAACAUUUACAUGACACAGUUUCUUUUUCACAUUGCUCCUGUGCUGUCUCCAAAUGACAUUGAUGUAUUUAUCUGAAUCAGAUGUAAAAUAUAUUUGAGAUAUUUACUAUCAAACUAGCUUUAUUUGUCAUUUUUAGCAUCUUUGAACCAAAGUUUGCUGAAUUCAAAAUUCGUGCAACAGUUCAAAAGUCAAUUAGUACAAAAAUUGCUCAGAUUAUUAUAAACAGGACUUGUGAGAACAGUGAUUUUUUUUCCAGUUUCAUCACUUCAUCAUACGGUCACAUUGAGGAAAAAUGUUCAACCUUUAAAAAACCUUUAACAUACAAACAACUUUGUGCUUUAGACGAAUUUGGGACAACUCUACACUGAACAGACACACUUGACCAAACACUUAUAUAAAUGUGCUUAACUCAGGGACAUCUCCAUUCAUACAGCAGACAAAUCGUUCCAGUGGGAUUAUUUAACAUGUACGGACAGUUAUUCUAAAGAUGUUAUUGCUAUCAAACCUGAUGCAAACGGUCAUAUCAAAUUUGCACCCUAAUGGGACUUUAUGUAAUCAAGGGACAAAGUAUUCAAGCUUAAUCUCCAAAUAACAAAAAGUGACUUCAAGGGUCAGUGCCCAAAGAAGGACAAUGCUAAAAAGCUAAAAUUUACAACUUUUGUCCACUUUGGGCACAUAUUGAAUCAACAAAUACUUCUCUUUAAGUAAAGAUUGAGAACGCAGCUUGAGAGACUUUUAACCAGCUACCAACAGCAACUUUUUCAACACCAACCAAGUGGAUACCAUGAGAUGGCAAAGAAAAAUGGUGUAUGUACAAUCAUAUGAGAGGAAAGGAAUGCAGGUUGUUAACAGAGAGGAGAAUUAUUUGCAAGAGUGCUCCCUGGUAAUGGAAAAAGCAGAACCUUGAUCACAACAGUGAGAUUUACAAAACUUUCUUUGCUUCAAACCCACUACUCCACUUCUCUAUAACUGCAGAAGUUCUUUGUUUCCUAACAUAAAUAACUCAAAGAUUCAAUCUGGAUCACUAC